UAAUUAUUAUUCCCUCUUCUCACAUUCCUUUCAAAUUCUCUCACUAUGCAGUCCACUCCGCCGCAACUAACCGCCCGUUCACCGCUCGAACCCGGCGGCGGCGUUCGACGCCCCACCGCCGCCGCGCUGGUGCGACGGGUGAGCGGGAAUCUCGUGUUCCGGUCGAAAUGGGCGGAGCUGAACGGCGCAAUGGGGGAUUUGGGAACUUAUAUUCCGAUAGUGUUGGCCUUGACACUGGCCAAGAACCUAGACCUUGGUACGACGUUGAUUUUCACGGGCGUCUAUAAUUUUGUCACGGGGGCUGUCUACGGUGUCCCCAUGCCCGUUCAGCCCAUGAAGUCCAUCGCCGCGGCUGCCAUCUCCAGCCCGAGUUUCGACAUCCCGGAGGUGAUGGCCGCCGGGAUUUGUACCGGCGGGAUCCUCUUCCUCCUCGGAGUGACUGGGCUGAUGCAGCUCGUGUACAAGCUCAUCCCAUUAUCUGUGGUCCGAGGGAUUCAGCUAGCACAAGGUUUGUCAUUUGCCAUGACGGCGGUGAAGUACGUAAGAAACGAACAAAAUUUUUCCAAGUCAAAAUCCACCGGCGACCGGCCGUGGCUAGGGUUAGACGGUUUGUUGUUAGCCAUAAUCUGUGCUGGUUUUAUCAUACUGGUGAAUGGUUCCGGCGAGGAUCAAGAAAACGAACAAGAAGAAGAAGAAGAAGAGAGUCCAAGAACUAAGAAAAAUGUGACAAAAAUCAUAGCUUUACUCCCCUCAGCUGUCCUAAUCUUCUUGCUCGGUCUUAUUCUGGCGAUCAUAAGAGACCCCAGCGCGGUAAAAAGGUUCAAAUUUGGGCCGUCUUCAAUUAAAGUGGUGAAGAUUUCUAAGCAUUCAUGGAAGGAAGGGUUUGUGAAGGGGACAAUUCCUCAGUUGCCGUUAUCCAUCUUGAACUCUGUCGUCGCCGUUUGCAAGCUCUCCACGGAUUUGUUCCCGGAGAAGGAGGUGUCGGCGACGUCAGUGUCGGUGACGGUGGGGCUGAUGAAUUUGGUGGGGUGUUGGUUUGGUGGCAUGCCGUGCUGCCACGGCGCCGGAGGGCUGGCCGGGCAGUAUAAGUUCGGCGGGAGGAGCGGCGGCUGCGUGGCGGCGCUGGGCGUGGUGAAGGUGGUUUUGGGGGUGGUUUUGGGGAGCUCAAUAGUGAAGAUUUUGGUGCAGUUUCCGGUUGGGGUUUUGGGGGUUUUGCUGUUGUUUGCUGGGAUUGAGUUGGGGAUGUGUGCUAGGGACAUGAGUUCCAAGGAGGAGUCGUUUGUUUUGUUGGUUUGUACCGCGGUUUCGCUUGUUGGGUCCAGCGCUGCACUAGGGUUCUUGUGCGGGAUUGUCGCACAUUUGUUGUUGAAAUUUCGAAAACUCACAGGUAUUAAUCAACGUAAGGUUAGUUGUUCCAUACCCAUACCAUAAGUGGCAAAGUCGAACGGUACGAUGUUGAUCGUUACAGAUUAUCCAUCUUUACAUUGAACAACGAUUUACCUCAACUCGUUGAGUCGAGUGCAACACGAGGGUUAGUUCUAAUCUUGUGUAGAUGUUAAUCAAGGUUAGUUGAUCGGCCUAAUUGAUAAGUGACAAAGUUGAAUGGUGUUGUUACAUGUUUGAUACAGAUCAUCGAUCUUGUUUAUAUAUUUUCCUCCUCUUAAAUACUGUCUACUGAACUAGUAAGUUAAGCUUGUUGUGGAGCUUCUUUAUGUAUUCUUGAGAUUAUCCAUAGGAGUGUGCUUGUGUUAGUUGGGUAUUAAUGGAUAGUUAUGAAGUGCAUAAAUUUGGUGGAAACUUUUAUAAAUCUUGAAGAUUGUGUAUACAUGUUAAAUGUUGUUGAAUGCUUGGUGUCUCCCUUAUCAGUUACCAGUGACUAGAUAAUAAAAAUUGUGUUCAGUGACUUCAA